GAGCGGCUUCUUGGUGGUGAGAGGCAGCCAUUUGUUCGAAGUGUUGCUGGCAACAUGUUGUUCGCGGCUGAUUUAACGAAAUCUAUCAACAGACGGGAGGCAUCUUUCGCAGGGGAGCACACCAUGCUGCGAACCCGAGCAAAGGCAACGCACUCUGCGAUCGUUGAGGUGAUCGAAGGGCAGCGUGCACUGGCAUCACUGCAGUCCAAAAACGAGAGAGCCCUGGACGAAUUUUUUGGACUUUUCGGAAAGGGAGGGGACGCCGUCGCGCCAUUAGAAACCUCGCUCACCUCGGACCCGCGUGAUUUCGUUCAUGUGCCUUCUGCGGAAUGUAUCCGCAACCACGUUGUCUAUGACUUCAGUCUGGUCGAGGAUUUCAUCAGUUUGACAUUCCUUCGCAGUCUCUCUGAGGCGGAGUCGCUGCGUGGCGACCACACUUUUAUGGAAGGGAGAUUAGUUAGUUAUAGGACAUAUCUCAACUUUCUUACUUUAAGCAGCCGCUUUAACUCCACAUCGAAACGAUGAUCCCCGAUGACGUAGGAGACUGGGCUAAUAUUUCAUACUCUUAAGAUAGGGCUGCCUCUAUCUCUAAUAAGUCCUAGGUAAGCGCCAUUAUUGGUAGUCAAGUAGCGCACGCUUCUGGCUGUGUGAGUCUUGGCCCCUUGCUGGUGUUGCUUGAUGGGUAAAAAGAGGCUUACAUACUUCUUUGAGGUGUUUAGUAAGUAUCUAUUGGCAUUGCCUUGGCGCACGCACAUUUUGCCGUAGCUCUAAUUUUCGGCCUACUGGGAACGCGUGCAUUCAUACGACAGCGUCGCAGACGGGUGAGGUUGUGGACGUGGCGAGCUGUGUAACCAAGUCUUUCGCUGAUUAUGGAGGAUGUAGGUGCAAUUUAGCCGAUGCUGCUCCUUGGUUAACUCUGAGUAAGGGAAUUAAGUAUGUAGAGCUCGUUCUCGGUGAGGGUCUAAUUACCUAUCCAAAAGGAGGAAUUCUGCGGCCUCUUCUCUGUGCCCCCCGAAAAACUUGGGAGGGGGGCCCCGUUCGCUGCCUCUCUAAUUUUAGCUGCGUGACCACUUCAAGAAAGUCGACGAAGCGCGUGAGGCGCAGAAGCUCCCAAAGCCGAAGAUCAGGCGCGUCUGGCUAGAUGGCACAGCGUGCUGCACGGGGAAACGACGAGCGCCAGGCGCACCAAGAAAGACAGUCGCUACGAGAGAAGCCGUUGCAGCUUAUGCAACAUUGUCAGAGGUGGAGCCCGAGAUCUUCGCAGAUGACUGGCAUAUUCUUCUCGCAGUGGCAGGCCUGCUGGCUUCGGCCGGCGGCGUCCGCGGGGCGGUUUUGCGAUUAUGGCCUAGUAAAUACUUACUUUUAGCUUUGGUCUUCCUAGGUCUACUUCGUCGCUCGUCAUAGUCACUCCAGUCCAGGGGGGUUGCCGGUUCGUUUGUGGUGCAGCCCCGUCUUUUUUUAAUCGCUACGCGUGUGCCAAAGAAUCCUAAAUCUUCUACGUAUAAUCUACGCUUCUCAUCUGUUCCCGAUUUCUAAUUUUGGAGCUAUCUGCAGCGAUACGGCCACUCGACAUGUCGUGGAUGAAGUUGCUGGUGCAUCAUCUGAUGGAAAAAUAUGGCACAGCUGCCGAAGCGAUGAAGCACCUGACGUCGCGACUAAUCUCCAGGCAUGUGCCAAGGUUGCCCAUCACAGUAGCAGAGCAAAUAUUAAACUACGAAAGCUGGCUCAGUCGAGCGCUUGGAGAAUUCUGGGAGAAGCGGGUCUGGAAGCUGGCAAAAAACGCAGCAGCGGAAGCUGAAGGAAAAGACGCGGCAGUGGCUGCCCAAAUAGAGCGCGACGCGAAGGAACAACUGAAGAAGGAGCUGGAGACAAAAAUUGGAGUUCAUGUCUACAAUGGGUGCCUGAAUUGCCCGGAGGAGCGAAUAUUUUUCGAGGCGGAGACCUUGGAAGAGUCUGGGCGCCAAGUAAACGAGCAGCAGCGCCGUUGCCCAGAUGUCGACGUUGUCUCAGCUGACCCAGGAGAGGUUGUCGACAUAGGACAGCACGCUUUCGGGGCCGCUGUGGUGCCAGCAGGAUCGAAAAAACUACCCGUCGUCUUGAAAGAGGGCCGCACUACGUACCUCGAGUCCAUUCACAACCGGUAUGACCAUCACAGCAGAUGGCACCAAGGACUGAACGAGGAGACCCGACAUGCUACGAUCAUGAGGGCCUGCUUCGAAAUAUCGGAGAGCCGCAGAGUACGCCUCAGCCGUGGAGCGCAUAAGAAGCGGGCCUUCGAGGAGUUGCCUCUUGGCUCACCUGGUACGCUACGACUUCACGGGAAAUAUGCCUUGCCGCAGCUAACGAGCUUCGCGAGACAACGGUGGAGAGAUUGGAACUUCGCCAUUCUUUUUAGCAUGCAAGUUCUAGCGCAAGGAGGAGCGUCACCUCGUGAAAUUGCAAACAUCAUGACGCUGAAUGAGCGCGAAGUCUUAAGGUGGGCCCGAGAGCGCCAGCGCAUGGAAGAAAUAGUGGAAGCCACUGGAUCGACCCACAGGGGGUGGCUCACGCUUCAGCAGGAACAGGAGGUGAUUGACCACCUCAAGAAGUCGACUUGGGUGCAGCUUAACUGGGACGCAUGCCGCGCGAGCACUCUCGACUACAAGCCACAUGCUAAUCCUGGCGCCGGUGCUGCAGUUGCAGGCGGCAAUAAAAGAGUCCCAGAGGCUCUCUCCCUCGACGCUGAUCAGGAGAACGCGAAGCGAAGACGAAUUGUCCAAGAGGUGCAAGAGCGGCGUGCUGAGACUGCACGGCAGAAGCAGGCGGAUGUGGAUGCGAAGCAGACCGCUGCCUAUGAGGCGUAUGUCAAGGAUUUCGUUGAACGCAACACAAAAAUCAAAGAAGAAGGCUAUGACUCUCGUGCCGCGAAAUACACGUGGAAAGCGCAGAACGAGGAGGAGUGCAAGAAGCUGGGGCUGAGCUUGUGCCCGGUCUGUUACGGUUUCCAGUCACGGACCGAAAAGACACUACACAAGAACGAUAGUGCUAAUUGUGUCGCCAAUAAGUUCGUCACGAUAAAAGACAAGGGCGGCGCGCGUCCCAUGAAGAAGAAGGUUUGAGGUUUUUCUGAAGGCCUUUCGCCUAUGUAUUGCUAGCUUGUAACUCAAUUGGCAUGGGCACACUUCUCAGGAACCAACUCGGACAAGACCCUUCCCCAACGACGUGAUGCAUAUGAUCUAUUUCUUAUCUUUAGAUGUGGCCCUCCCCCUCUCAAGCCGGACGAAAUAGCUUUCCAUCCCAGUGCGCUACCCUUGUGUCCCGAAUAGAGUCCCCUAAUUUUCAAGAAAUUGCGUCGAGUUGCUUACUUGUUUUGCCAGGCAUUCAAAGCGCAGGGUGCUGCUAUAAGAUAGAAGCAUGCUGUUGUUGACGAGAGAAGGAACGAGAAUUCUGGGUUGACGAGAGAAGCAAUGAGCACGUUGCCGAGAGAUGCGGCAUUCUGAAGAGAGAAGCAGACGCGUUGCCUCAGUAGUACAAUUUAUCAAUUUUCCAAACAGCAAGAGGCGACGUUCAAUUUUCCAGAAAAUAGACGGAAA